CAUUAAUUGAACAGAUUUGGUGGACGAAUAAUCAAGUAAAAGUGUUCUCAACCCAACAACCCGACCCGAGUUCGGAGUCACCGAUCCCAGUCACACGACGAUGCUGUUCCUGCUAAGCCACUUCCUGGUGGUGCUGAGUUUUCAGUACGGGAAAGCUUAUGUUGCGCCAGUUCUUAGUGUCUGUUCUCGCAGUAAUCCAAAUAUGGAAAAGUGCAUAACGAAUGCUGUUUAUCGGAUUCGCCAGAAUGUGGCCAAUGGGGAUUACGGUGAUGGAAGAUCGGCUACCAGACUGGACCCGAUCUAUUUCGAUAAGCUGGCUAUCGUCAAUGGACAAGGAUUACGAUUGAUUCUAACCAAUGUGACCAUUCAGGGAGCCAGUGGUUUUGAAAUUAAGAAAAUUCGAGAUCAUCUGGCGGAAAGGAAGUUUGAUAUCGUGUCAAAGAUACCGGUUAUGCAAAUUAAUGGGAAAUAUGAUCUCGAUAUGAAUGUGCUGUUGAUGAAAACAACCGGGAAAGGCCAUUUCAAUCUUGUACUAAACGACACGAUCGCCAACAUGCUGAUGGAGUACCAGGUCGCCCCGGUCGGGGGUAAAAACUUCAUCCGCUUCAACCCGAUCGAUCUGAAGCUCAAGUUCGGCAAGGCCCGGUUCAAUUUAACCGGUCUGUUCAGCGGUGACCCGACCCUGGAACAGGUCGGCAAUCGGGUGAUCAACGAGAAUCCAAACCUACUGCUGGACGAGGUCAAACCGGUGUUCGAGGCGAAUCUGGGCCGAAUCUUCACCGACAUCUCCAACAGUGUUGUGCAGGGCGCGGAAGAAUCGGAACUGCUUCCGCCAUAGCUUAAGCGUCGGUGCUACUGUAACGCGGAGAUGGGGAUCGAUCGCAUCGAGUUUGUUUGAUACUAUACCUGGCGUAGGCACUAGCUAUUCUGCUGUGAGUUUAUGGUGCUAAUAAAAUUGAAAUUGUGAAGAGA